UAAGCUGCAGAAAAGACUGGACACGGUCAGAUAGCGUGCACAUUUUGUGGAUAUCAUUUUGAUUACACUGAAUCUUUUCGUGGAAUACUAUUUGUUUACAGUGUACUAUCUUGGCUAUAUGGUGUAUCUGCGCUUUUAAUCUCAGGAUGGGUCACAAAAGAAUCUCGGUGACAGGCCUCGUCUGCAGCGUUGCUUUCUUUCUUCUACCGCUGCACUCCGCCUAUGGAGACGUGAGCUAUUCUUUUCCGGAGGAGAUGAAACGAGGAUCUGUUAUUGGAAAUAUAGCCAAUGAUCUCGGGCUGGAGGCGAGCAGACUGUCCGCUCGUAAUGCCCGAGUUGAUACCGAAGGGAACCGAAAACGUUAUUGUGACAUUAAUCUGAGUACCGGGGAUUUUAUUGUUGCCGAAAGGGUUGACAGAGAGGAGCUAUGUGGAGAAAAGAUGUCCUGUAUUCUUAGGUUUGAGUUGGUCUUAGAGAGUCCUCUGGAGUUGCAUCGUAUAUCACUUCAAAUCCAAGAUAUCAACGACAAUACACCUAUCUUUCCAAAGGAUACAAUCAAACUGGAAAUAGCGGAAUCCGCAUUCAAAGGCGCUCGCUUUCGUGUGAACGCAGCUCACGACGCGGAUAUAGGACAGAAUGCUGUUCAAAGCUACACUCUGCAGAGAAAUGAUCAUUUUGCUUUAAGUGUUCAAACGACUGCUGCCGGUAGUAAAUAUGGAGAGUUGGUUUUAGAUAAAGAGUUAGAUCGUGAACAACAACAAGAGUUGAAAUUAUUGCUUACAGCUGUAGAUGGGGGCACUCCGCAAAGAUCAGGUACUGUAGUCAUACACGUCACUGUACUGGAUGCUAACGAUAAUGCCCCAGUGUUUAACCAGGCCGUGUAUAAAGCCAGUCUGCCUGAAAACUCUCCUUUAGGUACACUAGUUCUUACUGUCAGCAGUACUGAUGCAGAUGAAGGAAUGAAUGGAGAAGUGACGUAUGAAUUUAGUCGAAUGUCUGAUAAGACAAGGAAAGUGUUUACUUUGAAUCACGUAACAGGAGAAAUGACAGUAGCAGGAGCGUUAGAUUACGAAGAUGAAUCCAAAUAUGAAAUGUUCAUAGAAGGAAAAGAUGGUUAUGGACUUUCCUCAGACACUAAAGUCAUAAUAGACAUCACUGAUGUUAAUGACAACGCUCCUGUGAUUUAUCUACAAUCUCUGACUAACCCCAUACCUGAGAACGCGUCACCUGGUACAGAGGUGGGCAUCAUUAACGUGCAGGAUAGAGACUCUGAGAAUAACCGACAGGUCCGCUGCUCCAUUCAGCAAAACCUUCCCUUUAAGCUGGUGCCAUCCAUCAAAAACUACUAUUCUCUGGUGACCACGGGCGAACUGGACCGAGAACUGGUGUCUGAUUACAACAUUACAAUCACUGCCACCGACGAGGGCUCUCCACCUCUGUCCUCCUCUAAAAGUGUUCAGUUAUCUGUAGCUGACGUCAACGACAACCCACCUGUGUUUGAGGAACAGUCCUAUAAAGCCCACGUGACUGAAAAUAACAAACCCGGUUCCUCCGUGUGUUCCGUUACUGCACGGGACCCAGACUGGAGACAGAACGGAACAGUGAUUUAUUCUCUCUUACCUGGUGAGGUGAACAGUGUUCCUGUGUCCUCGUUUUUAUCAGUUAAUGGAGAAACGGGGGUGAUCCACGCUGUGAAGUCGUUUGAUUAUGAGCAGUUCAGGAGUUUUAAAGUCCACCUGGUGGCCAGAGACAACGGUUCUCCUCCGCUCAGCAGCAACGUCACGGUCAGUGUGUUCAUAACGGAUGUCAAUGACAACUCUCCUCAGAUACUGUACCCCGCCCCGGAGGGGAACUCCUUCAUGACGGAGCUGGUCCCCAAAGCUGCGCACGGGGGCUCUCUGGUUUCCAAGGUGAUAGCUGUGGAUGCAGACUCUGGCCAGAACGCCUGGCUGUCCUAUCAUAUAGUCAAAUCCACUGAUCCGGGACUUUUCACUAUUGGUCUCCACAGCGGAGAGAUCAGGACACAGCGGGACAUUUCUGAAUCUCACAGCAUGAAACAGAACCUCAUUGUGUCAGUGAAAGAUAACGGACAGCCCUCUCUCUCUGCCACCUGUACCAUGUAUUUAGUGAUUUCGGAUAACUUGGCUGAAGUGCCAGAACUGAAAGAUAUAUCGUAUGAUGAGAGCAAUUCCAAACUCACAUCUUAUCUGAUCAUCGCGCUGGUGUCUGUCUCCACAUUUUUCCUCACCUUCAUUAUUGUCAUCCUGGCGGUGAGGUUUUGCCACAGGAGAAAGCCUAGACUGUUGUUUGACGGAGCGGUCGCAAUCCCCAGCGCCUAUCUCCCUCCCAACUACGCAGAGGGGGACGGAGUGGGAACUCUCCGCAGCACUUACAAUUAUGAUGCAUUCAUGACAACUGGUUCGCACACAAGUGACUUCAAGUUCGUCACAUCUUACAGUGACAACACACUGCCCGUGGACCAGACUCUGAGAAAAACUCUAACAGACUUUACCGAAGAACUUGAUGGCUCUGAUGGUUUCCCAGAGAACGCGUCACCUGGUACAGAGUUGGGCAUCAUUAACGUGCAGGAUAGAGACUCUGAGAAUAACCGACAGGUCCGCUGCUCCAUUCAGCAAAACCUUCCCUUUAAGCUGGUGCCAUCCAUCAAAAACUACUAUUCUCUGGUGACCACGGGCGAACUGGACCGAGAACUGGUGUCUGAUUACAACAUUACAAUCACUGCCACCGACGAGGGCUCUCCACCUCUGUCCUCCUCUAAAAGUGUUCAGUUAUCUGUAGCUGACGUCAACGACAACCCACCUGUGUUCGAGGAACAGUCCUAUAAAGCCCACGUGACUGAAAAUAACAAACCCGGUUCCUCUGUGUGUUCCGUUACUGCACGGGACCCAGACUGGAGACAGAACGGAACAGUGAUUUAUUCUCUCUUGACUGGUGAGGUGAACGGUGUUCCGGUGUCCUCAUUUUUAGCCGUUAACGGAGACACGGGGGUGAUCCACGCUGUGAGGUCGUUUGAUUAUGAGCAGUUCAGGAGUUUUAAAGUCCACCUGGUGGCCAGAGACAACGGUUCUCCUCCGCUCAGCAGUAACGUCACUUCAUGA